UUUUUUUUUCUUUUCUUCAUCAUUUCAUUUUAUAUUCGUUUAACGCUGGUCGUUUUUUCUUUUUCUUCUCUUUUCAUAUCAACACUUCCCAAUCCUUUUUCAUUUGAUUUGUAUAUUACCACCCAUUACUAGCAUAUACACAUACAACAAUGAUGCGUUCAAAUAUUUUAUUCGUGAUGAUGAUGAUGAUGGUUACAUUGAUUGUAGCUGCACCUAUUGAUUUGGAAAAACGUGGUGGUAAAACUUAUACUGGUACUGGUACUUGGUUCCUUCCUGCAACUGAAGGUGGUUCCACUGGUGCCUGUGGUCCUAAGGAAGGUAACAAUUCUCCCAUUGUAGCCUUGAAUCAUCCUCAAUACGGUAGUUUGAACAAGAAGAGCAAGUAUUGUGGCAAGAAGAUUCGUAUUACUGGUCCUCAUGGUACUGCUACUGCUACUAUCAAUGAUGCUUGUCCUGAAUGUAAACAUGGUGAUUUGGAUUUGACUCCUGUACUUUUCAAAAAAGUCAUUGGUGACAUGAACAAGGGUGUUGGUAAAAUCAAGUGGUCUUUUAUCUAAUCACUCCUCCAUCCUUUUUUUUUUUUU